AUACCUGUUAAUUCAUUCAAUCCCGAACUCAUUGUUCGUCGUCUACAAUCUUCUUUCUCCUCUCGCCACUAGGGUUCGCUUCCGAACAGUGAAGUCCUCGCGCACCCAGAUCCCAAUCUCAGCAUGGCAGAAAUCACAGAACCACCAUUUCGACCAAGGGAGAAGCUUCUUGAGAAGCAAAAAUAUUUCCAAAGCAUCCACAAGCACACAUACCUGAAAGGACGAUAUGAUAAGAUAACCUCUGUUGCCAUUCCUGGUGCUUUGGCGGCCACUGCACUUUUCCUUAUUGGACGAGGGAUCUAUAAUAUGUCUCACGGGAUUGGGAAGAAGGAAUGAAGUGGCAAUCUCUUUUCAAUGGAGAUGGCCCCAGUGUUUCACCACUCAAAUUUAAUAAGUUUUAGACACCUGGAUUGCAUAGUGAUUUUGUAUCUUGUUUGCUCACUGUAAUAAUUGCCUAGUUGCAGGCUUGUUCCCAACGGAAAUUGGAACUUUAAUCUGCUCUUUACCUUUUUGUUUUGUUUUGAUACUGCAUUAUCGAAUCUCAGCUUCAACUUGUUUGGUACCAGUUGCUCUCUGACUUUAUAUGUGGUUCUCUUGAUUUAACGGAUAUAAUAUUUGUUCCUUCUGUUAGGGUGC